CCCUCUUUUCUCCCCGCUCUUCCCCUCCGCGGCCAUCCCUCACCAGCCCGAGUGGAUGUCCCUCCCUCCCUCCUUCCCUCCCUGUCGGCAUCUGCCACCUCCUUGGCUCUCUCCCUGCACCUCUUUCUUUGUAUUCUGCUCGCCCUCUCCCCGCCUCUAGAGCAUCUCUCCUCCCCCGCCCGGCUCCGGCCUCCCCCUGCUACCCCAUCUUCAGCUCAGUCUCCUCCCUCCAGCUCCUCUCUCCUCCCCUCGCCUCACCCCACUCCCGCCUGCAUGCCAGGGUUCCUUUCUACCUGGGGGUCUCUAUACCUUUCAGUCCUCCUCCCCCUCCCCACUGCCUCCUCUUUCACUGCAGGAUCAGUGGGACCCAUUCUUUUCUCCCUGGGCACACCCCCCCCAACCCCAUCCCCAUCGCUGCCACUGGCUCUUCUUCAUCCUCUUCUCCUCCCCACCCUCUCCUCUCUCUUUUCUCUUCUCUCUGCCCCUUUAAAUCUGCCUGGCCCAGCCUCCCCCGUGAUGCUGGGAUGGAGCAAACAUUGAUUUGUGCUGGGAUGGAAUCGGAAUUUUGAUUUUUUUCUUUUUCUUCUCCCAACCAAAAGAAGAAAAAAUAAUAAAAACACUCCCUCUUGAUAGCCCUCCCUUCUCAUCCAGCGCCCAGCUCCUCUUUCCUAUCUCUAUCCAAAGCAGAUUUUUUUCCCUCUACACUAUUCUCUUCUCCCUCCACCCCUGCCACGACCUCACCGCCCAGCUGAAGAGAGAGGGGACUCUCCCACAGCUCCCCCACCUCGCCUUCCCUCUCUGGGUUGGAGCAGUCUCUCCGGAAGAGGAGGGGGCUUGGCUAGCCCGGGUGGGAGUGGAGGUAUCCUGCCAUGGACGCCUUGCCUGGGAGGCAGCCUGCGCCUCAGCCCACAUGCCACUCAGGAUGAGGGUCCGGCCCUGCCUGCCCGCGCUGGGGCCCCUCCGCCCAGCCCCGGUCUAACUGCCCCCGCCCCCAGGCCUCGUCGGGCCCCCAGACCCCCAGCCGGCUCUCCAGCCUCAGGAUGCGCUGAGCCACCGGGGGGCUGAGGCCACGCCAACUACAUGCAUGUCCCCCGGGGGCAAGUUCGACUUUGACGACGGGGGCUGCUACGUGGGGGGCUGGGAGGCGGGGCGGGCACAUGGCUACGGCGUGUGCACGGGGCCCGGAGCCCAGGGCGAGUACAGCGGCUGCUGGGCGCACGGCUUCGAGUCACUGGGCGUCUUCACCGGGCCCGGUGGACACAGUUACCAGGGCCACUGGCAACAGGGCAAGCGCGAAGGGCUGGGCGUGGAGCGCAAGAGCCGCUGGACGUACCGCGGCGAGUGGCUGGGCGGACUGAAAGGGCGCAGCGGCGUGUGGGAGAGUGCGUCCGGCCUGCGCUACGCAGGACUCUGGAAGGACGGCUUUCAGGAUGGCUACGGCACCGAGACCUACUCCGACGGAGGCACAUACCAGGGCCAGUGGCAGGCUGGGAAACGCCAUGGCUACGGGGUGCGCCAGAGUGUACCCUACCAUCAGGCGGCGCUGCUGCGCUCACCCCGCCGCACCUCCCUGGACUCAGGCCACAGCGACCCCCCGACGCCGCCCCCGCCCCUGCCCCUGCCCGGCGAUGAGGGAGGCAGCCCAGCCUCUGGCUCCCGGGGCGGCUUCGUGCUGGCCGGGCCUGGGGACGCCGACGGUGCAUCCUCCCGCAAGCGCACUCCAGCGGCAGGUGGAUUCUUCCGCCGCUCGCUGCUGCUCAGCGGGCUCCGGGCAGGUGGGCGCCGCAGUUCCCUGGGCAGCAAGCGGGGAUCCCUGCGCAGCGAGGUGAGCAGCGAGGUGGGCAGCACCGGACCACCGGGUUCCGAGGCCAGCGGGCCCCCAGCCCCAGCACCUCCAGCCCUCAUUGAGGGCUCAGCCACUGAAGUGUAUGCGGGCGAGUGGCGAGCUGACAGGCGCAGUGGCUUCGGAGUGAGCCAGCGCUCCAACGGGCUGCGCUAUGAGGGCGAGUGGCUGGGCAACCGACGGCACGGCUAUGGGCGCACCACCCGUCCGGACGGCUCCCGGGAAGAGGGCAAGUACAAGCGUAACCGGCUGGUGCACGGGGGCCGUGUUCGCAGCCUCCUGCCUCUGGCCCUGCGUCGGGGCAAAGUCAAGGAGAAAGUGGACAGGGCGGUCGAAGGCGCCCGUCGAGCCGUGAGUGCUGCCCGCCAGCGUCAGGAGAUCGCCGCUGCCAGCCCAUCCAGCCUUCUGGCCUCAGGCUAGGAGCAUCAGCCUUGGGCAGAAGUGGGAGUGGUCUCUUCCCAACUAUGCUCCAGCCUGGCACCCUUUCAGCCCUGGGCCUUGGGGAGAUUUAAUCUUUGCAGCCUGUCUACCCACCUGAAAAAGCUAGUCUCUCCCAGCUUUGCUUCCCCUGACUUUAACCAUAGGUGAAGGUAGGGGGAGAAGAGACAUACCUGUAAAUGGAAAUUUCUUUCUGUAAAUCAGAUUAUAUUUCCAUGCAUCAGGAAACUCACUAUCCAAAGCAGUGCUUCCCAACAAUAAUGUAAUGUGAGCCAAAUAUGUCAUCAUAAAUCUUUUAUUAGCCACAUUAAAAAUAAAAUGACACAACACCUGCCUGACAAGUGCAGAGUCCUGAGUUUGAUUCCCAGUACCAAAAAUAGAUAAAUAAAUAAGAAAUGGGUGAAAAAACUUUAACAUUUAUAUUAAACCAAUAUACCCAAAAUUUUUUAAUUCAUAAUCAAUGUAGUUAUUGAGAUUAUACAUUCCCUUUGGACCAAGCCUUUAAAAUCUAAUGUGUAAAUUACACUAAUAAGAACAUUUUCAUUCAGACUAGUCACAUUUCAAAUGUUUAAUAACCACCUAUGGCUUGUGACUCUGAAUUAGACACCACAGACGUAAAGAAAGCCAAAACUCUAUUUGUAAUUGGAUUCGUGGACCCCUGAUUUAUAAAGCUCAUAAUUUGAGUGUUUAUAUAUUGCAGUUUCUUUAAAAGAGAUGGAGCACAUUUAAGACAUUUGAGACUGUUCCAGAGAGCUAGAUAGAGAUAAGGAUAUGUCCAAAUAUAAUUCAGUGAAUUUAUAUAAUAGGUUACAAAGUGUGCGUGUGCGUGUGUGUAUGUGUGUGUGUGUGUGUUUAUGCCUUAGUAUGAACAUGUCAAAUCCAGAGUAAUGCCUGUGCCAGAGAAUGUACAGAUGUAGAUGUAUCUGAGAAUCUGGUUGUUAGAAUCCAGGGCUUUAAGCCAGGAAAGGGGGAGGGCAAAGCAACAGGGAACAUUUUGGGCUAGAUAAGGUGGAGGCAUAUGCAAGAAAAAACUGAGCUCAGUAACUAGAGGAUCAGGCUGUAGGAAAAGGCUGGUUGGUAUCCCCGGCAACAGGCCUGGCAACUCUGAUUGGCUGCUGGCUGCCAUGGGAACAGCACAGCCUCUGCAGCAGGUGCCUCGGCCAGGUAGCCUGAGCCUGGCCUUGAUGCCUGAGCACAGACUAAAUCAACUGCUUAAAUGUCAUCAUCUGUACCUUCCAGACACAAAAACACAGGCCCUUGUCAUGUCAUGGUUGUCAAGAGAACUCAGUGAAACUCAAGACCGUGAUUUCAUACUCUACCCCAAACCCCAAGACCAGCUUAGUUUCAAGACAGGGUGAGUCAUGAGGUAGUCUGAACACACUAAGACAGCAAAGGACAGGGUUAUCUGAAGUCCUUUCAUAAACAGGAGUUGGACUUAAGACUACAGUGGACAUCACUAUCCCUCAGGUCCAGAUUGCCUUUCUAAGCCAGAUAAAACAGACCUGAGGCCUGAAGGAGUCAGAGGUCUUGAACCAUUCAAGCUCAUAGCAAGUCUAUCUGAUUAUCUUUGUCCCACACUUGAGUCAGAAUUACAGAACUAAUUUAAUGAUUGCAAGCCAUCUCCAACUAAUAGCUGAGAGGGAAAGGGAAGGACAAAUUGAGGAACAUCUGACAUUAGGAAAACUGAGAAACAACAAUGGACAAAGGAUUGAUAAUGCUUCAGGAUGACCUGUACCUAGGGAGCAGGCCAAGAUAAAACAGGGGUGUAUGGAAAGGAGACUACGAGUUUACCCCAAAAGAAUAAUUGAAAUAUUGAGCAAAUACUGAGAGAAGAGGAUGCAAUUGUAGCAUACAGGGGAGAUCCACUCUCAGUCCAGUUCUCAACCUCAGAAAAGCAUAAGGCAGGGCAGUGACAGAGUGGGAAGAAUGGUGUGGAAAGAGGCCACAAAAAAGUCAAAA